AUGGAAAAGAGGACUGUGGGCAAGAGUUUUUAUUCUGUGUUAGGGGUUGUCUGGAUUGCAGCCAUGAUGGUUGGAUCUCCAAUGCUCUUUGUUCAACAAUUAGAGUCUGUGGGUGUGAAAUAUGAUUUUCUAUAUGAUCUCCAUCAUGUGUGCUGUCAGGAGUGCUGGAGCUCGAGUGCCCACAGGAAGCAGUAUGCAACCUUCAUUCUAGUGUUCCUCUUCCUCCUGCCUCUUGCAGCCAUGCUGCUGCUCUACACCAGAAUUGGUAUUGAGCUCUGGAUUCACAAACAAGUUGGAGACGCUUCAGUCCUCAAUACCAUGAACCAAAGAGAGAAGCGAAGGGCCGUCAAGAUGAUGGUCACCAUUGUUGUGCUGUUUACUGUCUGCUGGGCCCCCUUUCAUACGGUUCAUAUGCUGUUUGAAUACAGUUACCUGAACAAAACGUACGGUGACAUCACAGUCAAUAUGCUUAUUGCUGUUGCACAGGCCAUAGGAUUUUCAAAUUCAUUCAACAAUCCUAUUAUUUAUGCUUUUAUGAAUGAGAACUUCCAGAAGAACUGCAUGUCCACCUUUUCCUUUUGCAUUAGGAGGUCCAGUCAACGUGACGAUGUUAAGGACAAAUCGACAAAGGACAAGGUACUUUUUUGUAAGUCUGCCAGACAAGAAGAAGACAUCUCUGUCGUGCCCGGAAUACAUAUAGUUGAUCAAGUUCAAUCUGCAAGAUCAAACAUGCCAACAUCUCUGUCAUUUCUGGAGUAG